ACUACAGGAUGAAGUCGCCUCCUUGCUGCAUGUCUCUUUCUUCCCAAGCAUCCCUGGAGGAACCAGGGAGCAGCACAUCCCUGGGCUCCCUGGAGUCCAGUGUUUUCUCCAGUGAGGAAGAGCAGGGUCCCCUGCUGCAGAAGGUCAUUCCCUCCUUGGACUGCUUUACUAUCAAUGUCGGAGGCAGCCGCUUUGUGAUGUCCCAGCAAACUUUGUCGUGCUACCCUGACACCCGUCUUGGCAAACUGGCCGUAGUGGUCUCUGCUGCCCGGGACGUGGCCUCUGGCCUCCUUGAGCUUUGUGAUGAUGCCAACCUCGUGGAGAAUGAGUAUUUCUUUGACCGGAGCUCACAGGCAUUUCACUACAUACUGAAUUACUACCAGACAGGGAGGCUGCAUGUGAUGGAGCAGCUUUGUGCACUCUCCUUCCUGCAAGAGAUCCAGUACUGGGGUUUGGAUGAGCUCAGCAUCGAUUCCUGCCGCAGAGACCGGUACUUCAGGAGGAAGGAGCUGAGUGAAGCCUUAGACAUCAAGAAAGAUGCAGAAGAACUGGAUGCCCAAGAUGAGGAAGAGGACUUUUCUGGUAGCCUCUGUCCCAGUGUCAGACAGAAACUUUGGGAAGUUUUGGAAAAGCCUGGCUCCUCUGCAGCAGCCAGGACUUUUGGCACUCUGUCCAUGGCUUUUGUUGUUGUGUCCAUUGCCAACAUGGCUUUGAUUUCAGUAGAGCUAAGCUGGCUGGCACCACCACUACUGGAUGCUCUAGAGUAUCUGUGUAUUGCCUGGUUCACUGUGGAGUUUGUUCUGAGAUUCCUGUGUGCACGGGAUCGGUGUCACUUCCUAAGGAGUGUGGCAAACAUCAUAGACCUCCUUGCUAUUUUACCUUUCUACAUCACUCUGCUGGUGGAGAGCCUGUGUGGUGGGGAGAGCUCCCAAGAACUGGAGAACGUGGGGCGCAUUGUCCAAGUGCUGAGACUGCUCAGAGCCCUGCGGAUGCUGAAGCUGGGAAGACAUUCAACAG